AUGGCAGAGUUCGUAGAAGAGCAGAGUCCUGCAUUAACUCACAUAAGUUACGUGAUGAAAGUCUCAAGCAUUUACAAUGUCGAAUACCCACAAAAUGCAACAUCUUUGCUAAAGACAUCAAAAAACCACCCUACUCUUCUCCAAAGGCUUGCAUGCAUUCAUGAAAUUAAACAAAAGAAAAAGAAUGAUGUGGAGAAAAUUUUUGAAAAGCAGUUUGGAAGUAACUGGGUUGAAAACAGUGAACUACAAUGGUUUAAAACCAAUAUUUUUAAUGUGCCAGAACCUAAUAAUGACGACCAGGGUGAUAGUGAUGAUGAAAAUAAUGAGGAUGAUGAUGAAUUAUGUGACUGCUACGAGCCUGACACGCAGGAAUUUAUCUAG